UGGAUGAGUGGAGUGGAGGGGGAUCAAAAUCCAAUCCCAAAAAUCAAAGCUUUCCCGCCAGAAUUUCUAGUGAGCGCGUCUCUCCAAUCUAGAAAACCAAGAGUCGCGGUGUAAUGAAUGUGUAGUACCACACCACACCACGGUGAGUGAGUGAGCGAGUGAGUUUCUGUAAACUGCGAGUGAGAAGUGAAAUGGGAAUCCAAGGUCUGUUACCGCUAUUGAAAUCCAUAAUGCUUCCAAUUCACAUCAAAGACCUUCACGGCUGUUCUGUCGCCAUCGACACCUAUUCCUGGCUUCACAAGGGAGCCCUUUCUUGUAGCACUGACCUCUGUAAAGGAAUACCCACUUCUAGGCACAUUGAGUAUUGUAUGCAUAGAGUGAAUUUGCUUCGCCAUUAUGGUGUUAAACCUAUUCUUGUAUUUGAUGGAGGUCUUUUACCAAUGAAGAUUGAACAAGAGAAUAAGCGUCAAAGGUCUAGAAAGGAUAACUUUGAACGUGCAGUUGAACAUGAAUCGAAUGGAAAUUCUAAAGCUGCAUAUGAAUGCUACCAGAAAGCUGUUGAUAUUUCACCUCUCAUUGCGCGAGAACUGAUUCAGGUAUUGAAGCAGGAGAAUGUACAGUAUAUUGUUGCUCCUUACGAGGCAGAUGCUCAAAUGACGUUCUUGGCAGUUAGCAGACAGGUUGAUGCAGUUAUAACUGAAGACUCUGAUCUUAUACCAUUUGGUUGCCCAAGAAUUAUCUUUAAAAUGGACAAGUUUGGUCAAGGUGUUCAGUUUGAGUAUUCCAUGCUACAAAAGAAUAAGGAGCUUAAUUUUGAAGGCUUCAACAGACAAAUGCUUCUUGAAAUGUGUAUUUUGAGUGGCUGUGACUAUCUUCCGUCCUUGCCAGGUAUGGGUCUCAAAAAGGCCCAUGCAAGCAUUAAAAGAUUUAAAAGUUAUGACAUGGUUCUUAAGCACUUGAAAUACAAUGGUGUUUCUGUACCUCCCUCUUAUGAAGAGUCAUUCAGAAAGGCUAUACUUACUUUCCAAUACCAACGAGUUUAUGAUCCAGUUAGCGAAAGUAUUGUCCAUUUGGCUAAUAUACCCGAGGAUGUUGGUGACGAGUUAGACUUUUUAGGCCCACCCUUGCCAAAAGAUAUAGCACAAGGAAUAGCAGAAGGUGAUCUUGAUCCAAUUACCAAAAUGCCAUUUGAGGGAGAUAAGUUUGUUGCCAGAUUGGAAAUUGCAGGAACUAGUCAAUUCAAAACACUUAAUUCUGAGAGGGUGAAGAAAAAGAUUGAUCUGCCUGUGCAGAAGAAUCUAUUGACCAAGUAUUUCUGUUUUGCAUCUCUUGAAGCAAAGAGGGAAUUCAAAGCGCCUAGAACGUCACCUACUAUUGCUAAUCAAAGUACACCGAUUUCCUCUUCGGUCAAUUCCCCACAACAUCAGACUUUAGAAGCUGCUGCUCGUGAAACAAUGAACUCUGCUGCAUCCACAGUUGACCCUGAGAGCUGUGGCAGUGACUCUCCUCCUAAUUGCUAUAUUGAAAACCAUUUUUCCACCAAAAGUUCAGAGCUUAUAGAAUCACAAUAUCACGGAGAGAAGAAGGGAAGUCCCGAUCAUACAAUAUUGAGACAGCCCAGGCAGCCAAUUCAUAAACCUUGUCUGGGGUUACAUAAAGAUCAUGAGCUCACAAAUGUCCAAAAUAAAGUCGAAGAAAAAACCAAGGAGACAAAAAGAAAGGUAAUUGUAAGGAGUCCUUAUUUUCAGCAGAAGCAAGUAGAAAAGAGUGCUAGUGAUGAGAAACAGGAGCCACUGUCCUCUGGCAUCGUCAUUGAUGAGAGAAAAAAUGGCAUAUAUGGCGGAGAUUUAUGUAACAACCAAUUAAAGACUAAAGACUUGAAAAGGAAAGUCCCCCCUAAUGAUAGUAUUCAAAGUGCCAGGCAAAUGCAUCAUCCUACUUCAUCUACUCAUGAUAAUGGUUGCUCUGAUCAUAAUGUUGAAGAAGAAAAAUUUGGGACAAACAUUUCCCAUAUAGGCCAUUAUUCAGAAAUAGCCGAGAAGUCUUUGGACAGAUUUGCCUCUGUAAUAUCGGCUUUUAAAUAUACCUCUGGCUCUCGUGUCAGUGGUCUCCGUGCUCCUCUGAAAGAUGUCCGCAACACCCAUAAUAAUAGGCCAGCAGCUGUGGAUUUUAGCCAAUUUGCAUAUGUGCCAAAACCAACAAAGACUCGAAGAGUAGCUCCUGAUACUAGAAGAGUAGCUCCAGAUACCCACAACACUCGUAAAACUAGGCCAACAGCUGUGGACUUGAACCAGUUUGCAUAUGUGCCAAAACAAAGACUAGAAGAAUAGUUCCUGGAAAUUAAACCAGAUUUGGGGUUAUGCCAUCCUUUGGAGACCACUUUGCCCUAGUCAAGACCUGUAUUGAGUUAAUUCUUAUUUGGCAGCUGUAUAUUGUAUUUUGAUUCAACCCCACUAAUUUACUUGGGAUUUGGGAAUUAGUUGUCUUGAUGUGUUCUUCACAUAGUACCACACCCAGGGGCCAGGGAAAACUUUUGCAUUAUUAAACAGUGGAAGCUUUAGUUAGGUGGUUAGUUAUCUUCAUUGCUGGUUGUAUUGUAUAUCACAAAUAGUUGUAUGUCACCAUGCUCAGUACUUUUCAUUUAUUGAUACCAAUUGAAAAAUGGAAAUAGCAGUUUUCUGUCAAUUGUUUCAUAAUCUUUCAAGGUUA